UUUUUGGAAAAUUCCUCUUUCAGAAAAUAAAAUAUCAGGGGGUGCCAGUUUCGCCUUUCGGGGAUUUUCGGUUUUUGACUUUCGCGUUUCGAGUGUCGUUUUUAAAUUUACUUUCUAUUUUCGCAUUUCGCAUUUCAUUUUUUAAAUUUAAUUUUGUCCUUCGCGUUUUAUUUUGAAAUUUUUUUUUUGUUUCUGUACACUCCUGGUGUGUAUCCCUACUUUCGGAAAAAUGAAAUUAAAGUCUGAUCUUUUAAAAAUUUUUAAUUCGAUUACUUUAUUCUUCUCUAUUUUAUUAUAAAUUUUUUUUUUGAUCGCGGUUUUUUUCAUUAAAUACGAAACCAAAAGGGACACCUACAAAUUUUAAAAGAAAUAUAUUGAUAAUGAUUAGACCCCUCUCCAAAAUUUUUUUUUACUAUUUUUCGCUUUGUUUCGGAAAUUUAUUUUUGAAUGUACCGUUUAAAAAUUUCAUUUAUUUUAUUUGUUAUAUUUUCACGAAUUUACCUCACGUUUUAAAAGGAGUUAUUAUAAAGUACCAGAAGUGUGUUAUUCCAAUCCCCAUGAAAUUUUUUUAAUCUUUUUAAAAUAACUACUUUCUAAUCCUAAAAAAAAGAGGUUAAAGGGAGUACCUUUUAAUUCGAUUCCACCUACUCAAAAAAAAUGCCAAUAAUGUCUUAAAUUUAUUAAAAAUUUAAAUUUAAUUCUUUUAACAAAGAGACCUUCUUAAAACCAAAGGUCAAAGUUAAAGCCGAUCCUGCAAAAUAUAUUUCCCAUACAUAAAGUAAAGUGGAAGAAGGGGGAAGCAAGGAAGUGUAAAGCUUGAGAAAGAAAAGUGGCGAUCAGAAGAUAAGUUUAAAACUUGAGAAAAGGAUAGAAAAGUGGCGAUCGGAAAGAAGAUAAAGUGUUUAAGCCAUUAGAAUAGUAGAAAAUAUUCCCAAACAUUACAAUGAAAAAGGGAAUAGGAAAAGUGAAGGAAAGUCUAAGAAGGA